AAAUCUGGUGCAUUGCGCAUAUGCAUAGAUCCAAAGCCACUGAACGAAGCCCUGAAGAGAGAGCGAUAUCAAAUUCCUGUCAUAGAUGAUUUACUACCUAAUUUGUCAGAGGCUCGUGUAUUUUUCAAGGUUGACCUGGCAUCCGCAUUUUGGCAUCUAGAGUUAGACGAAGAGUCAAGCAAGCUGACAACGUUUUCUACCCCCUACGGAAGAUUCCGGUGGUUACGCCUGCCCUUUGGUUUAAACGUGUCCAGUGAGAUUUUCCAGGAACGUCUCAACCAAGAGCUCCUGGGACUGGAAGGAGUGAGGUGUAUCGCAGAUGACAUCCUUGUCUACGGAACCAACGAGAAAGACGACCAGAACUUCGAGAGGCUACUGGAACGGUGUAAAGAAAAGAGCAUUAAGUUGAAUUAA